AUGGAUAAUUUAAUGUGUAUCUUAGUGGAAAUAUCAAAGAUCAAUAUUGAUUCAUUGGAUAGUAUAACAUGCAAAGUAUUGAUAUCUAGAAUUUUGGGAACAUUUUUGAUGUAG